AUCCCACAUCCAGAGAGAAACCCAGAGUAGUGAGUGUGAGACACAGAAACAGUUGAAGGACAGCAGUAAUCUCUGGAGGCCACGUCACUGCAGCACGUUAAUGGUCCACCGCUGCCCUCCUGUAUCCUGAACCCUGGUCGUCACGGAGACCUCUCCAUAGAGACGCACUCCCACAGGUAGGGGAGGGCUCAAAGGGAGGCAGGAGACCCUCACCUGGAUGGAGCUAGCAGAGAGCAUGAAGGAGGGAGUGGAAGCAGAGAGAUAAGAGGAACCAGUGGAGUCAGAGGGAAGAGCUCUCCUGUGUUGUGUUUAUGAGCUGUGUGACGUUGCAGGAUGGGUUAUGAUCUGGAGAGGUUUGUGGGUUAUGUGAAUGAGGGUCUGCUGUGCUGUGUGUGCCGGGACGUGUUAGAGCGCCCCCUCCAGGCGCCCUGUGAACACGCCUACUGCAGCGCCUGUAUCAGCAGCUGGCUGCUCCACCAUCACUCCUGCCCCGAAGACAGACAGCCGCUGGAUGUAGGCAGCCUCAAACCGCUGUACAGGUACAUGCGUAACGACCUAAACCGCCUGCAGAUCCGCUGUGUGAACGCUGGGCAGGGAUGCGAGGUGAUCUGCUCUCUGGAGAGUCUCCACACACACGAGGACGAGUGCGAGUUUGCCUUCGUCUCCUGCUCCAACACAGGUUGUCCCGUCCAGGUAGAGAGGCGGGGCUUAGAGGCUCACCUUUCCGAAUGCAACUUCCGCAGCAGAGAGUGUCCCAACGGCUGUGGACACACUCUGCUCUCUGUGGACCAAUCACAGCACAACUGCGUGGCGGAGCUGCGAGCAGAGGUGGAGCUGCUCAGGGCGGAGAUGCUGUGUAAGGUGGAGGAGGUGAGACGAGAGAUGGAGUCUCGGCUGGACUCUCAGAGGAGACACAUGGUGCAGAAAGAGUCGCAGCUGAAGAGCGAAGUGGAGGAGCUCAAGGGUCAGUUGUCUCGGGUGAUGUGCGACAUGCGAGCCCUGCUGGGAGCCGAGCGUCUGAGGAGGCAGGAGCUGGCCGAAGCAGAGCUGGAGAAGAGGGAGCUGCUGGAGCUCCUCAGAGACCUUCAGCCCACCAGGAACCAGCCUCCUGCCGACCAGGCGUCCAGGGACCAGCGUCGGGCGGAUCUGCAGAGCUGGGAGCUGCACACCGAGCCGACGAGACACCAGCAGAGAGAGGCUGGUUUAACUUUACACGCCUCCAGUCUGUCGCUGCAUUCGGCUUCGCAUCCGUCAGGUCCGCCUCCGUCACCUCAGCUGGGAGAGGCGACGAGAAAGGGAGGAACCAGGAGUCUGACGCUGGACUGCAUCAAAAGGAAGAGCCGGGAGGUGACGGUCAUCUGAGCACAACCUGAGAACGCUAGCCAAACUGCAAAACAAUAAAUCUUUACACGGAGGGGAGCUUAGAACUUCGGCUCUAUGGUUGUUGUUGUUUUUUUAGCGAGGGUUUUGAUUAAUCAUCAGGUAAAAAAUAAAGAAGCUUUGAUGCUGUGGAAUAAACUGUUUGGUGCUUUCACCCUUCUGUUGUUCUCAUUUACAGACACCAAAAAAUAAUGUUUCUUUGUCUGAAAAGAAUCCAAAAAUUCAGCCAAAAAAUUACUCAAAUUUCUAAAAAAUUUGCUAAACAUUUAGGAAGAAAAUUCCAAUAAUUCCUUAAAAGUUUCCCUUAAAAGUUUUUUUUUUUAAAAGUCCCCCAAAUUUGGCAAGAAAAAUUUUGUAAAUAUUUUCGAAAAAUUAGUAAAAAUCCUAAAAAAAAUUCUAAAAAAACAUGUAAAGUGAUUACAUAUAUACCAGUCAAGCUUUCUAAUAUUUUCUUAAGAACAUUCACCAAAAAAAUCAACCAAAAACGAGCGAAUUUCACUGGAUUUUGGUAGAUUUUUCUGGUGAAUGUUCUUAAGAAACAUUAACAUUUUUUUCCACCAUAAAAUGUUCAGAGAUUUCUAAAAAAUGCUGAAAAUGUGGACAUCAGAAGUUUUGCUGCGAUUAUAUUUUUUCCCCACAUUUUCAAACUAAAACGGGUCAAUUUUGACCCGCACGACGACACGAGGGUUAAAGACAGUUGUUCUUGUGUAAUUAAUUCCCAGCAGGUUUCUGUGAAAGUAAACAUUCAGUUUGUAGGCUCAGCUCACUGUUACUUACGCUGUCAAACAAAUGAUUGUUUAAUGCGACUUGGAUUUUGUGUCCCUCAGGUUUCCAUUAAAAGUGGUCAUUUUCUUGA